AUGUAUGGAAAUAAUAAUAAUCAAAAUCUUGUUAAUCUAAAUUCUCUUCUUUUUUUUGACGGACAAACAAGUCCAUCCCACGUUCCUCAAACCCAUGGAGACAAUGAUUUCGAUUAUCAAAACGUUCAACAAAACUUAUUUCAUAGUAACUCCAUCUUUCAAACUCCUGAAGACAAUAACAUCUCCGCUUAUCAAAACGAUGGCGACAACAAUCACUUUCAUUUUAACUUAGUUCAUGACAAUUUCGUUAAUGAAAAUUCUGGAGAUGGUAACUUCAUUCAUCAAAAUAAUUUCGUUGACCAAAACCCUCUUACCUCAACUGAUAUUGCCAGUAACAAUGGUUUCGUUAAAGAUAACACUUUUGAUGGUUCAACUAGCAUUAUUAACAAUAACAAUGGGCUUGCUGACCAGAACACUGCUAUUCCAACAGAUAUCAUCAAUAACCUUGCCGACCAGAAUUCAUUUAAUGCGACUAAUGCUAUGAUGAUGAGAAUUAAUCAUCCGAAUAAUUCUUUUGUUUAUCAAAAUCAAAAUAAUUUCGUUGGUCAACAUCAGAAUAAUUUCGUUGAUCAACAACAUCACAACAGAGAUCAACAAUUAAAUUACAUCAUAUUCCUACUCCAUCAACUGUUAAACAAUAAAAACUGA